CGUGAACUCGGCAACUUGCGAUGCGGCGCCAGUCCUUGCUCCAGACGCGGCAGAAUUUGUCGGACAAGUACAAGCUGCUGGGUAAAAUCGGCGAAGGCACGUAUGGUAUCGUGUACAAAGCAGAGCCCUUGAACGCCUCGUCCAGAGAACUCAACAGUCGGGAGCGGUCGCCGGAGGAUGAGGAGCAAAGUUUCGCUGUCAAAGUGAUCAAGACUCAAAAGGAGGGAAAGAAUGAAGUCGUGUUGUCGAUCGCAACGGUGCGAGAGAUCAAGAUUUUGCGAGAAAUGCACCACGAUAACGUCGUCCACCUUCACGAUGUGCAUGUGGACCCGAAAGCCACGUCGUUGGCGUUGGUGUUCGACUAUGCCGACCACGACCUCCACGACAUCAUCAAGCAAAGCCGACAGAAACCACUCACGGAAUACACAAAGAAAUCGUUUAUGCACCAGAUUCUCAAGGGCGUCAAGUACAUGCACGACAACUGGGUCAUGCAUCGCGACAUGAAGCCGCAGAACAUCCUCGUCGUUGGCCAUGGGCGCCGUCGUGGCCAAGUAAAGCUUGCAGAUUUUGGAUUGGCUCGCAUUUACAAGGACCCGAUCAAGGCAUUGACUGAAGUGGAGCGCGUGGUCGUGACGUUGUGGUAUCGCGCGCCCGAGCUGCUCCUCGGCGCCAAACAUUAUACAAAAGCAGUCGACAUGUGGGCCGUGGGGUGCAUCUUUGCCGAGAUCUUGAACACGCGAGAACUCUUUGUCGGUCAGGAGGUGAACGAGAACAACGCGCCAUUCCAGAAGGACCAGUGCGACAAGAUUUUCAAAAUUCUCGGCCUUCCGACCCCGCAAACGUGGAGCGGCAUGGAACACUUGCCCGAGUACUCGAACGUGCAGAACAUGACGAAAGAGCGCGAGUACCCGACGACGUCCAAACUACACGAAGCCGUCAAGUUUGGCACGGGUCAGUCGUCCGUUCUCCUUCGCGAUUUAGUCAGCCGCAUGCUUUACUAUGAUCCCGAGAACCGCAUCACGGCGUCGGAGGCAUUGGCUCAUGACUACUUCAAAUGCGAGCCAUAUCCUCGAGAUUAUGCGUUCGACGAACCCAAUAAAGAACCGAUUCAUUUCCAAAAGCAGAAAAUUAAGCCCCUGGAAGACCCAGCCAAGGCUACGUCCCCCGUCGACGGCACCAAGGACGACGACGAUGGUCGGCAACAUGCAAUGGCGAUGUCGUUUCAACGCUUUUACGUGUAGGGCGGGCCCGCAAUGCCCACAUGAACCUGAACGCGCGACCGAACGGGGCGCCCAUGAAGCGAGCGUCCGUUGGCGCCGAAGGUGCUCCACCAAAUCGACCGACCCAAUGGAGCAGUGGCGGUCAACCCGGUUCAAAUCAAUCCAACAUGGCUCCGCGAUCGAGCACAAGUAACAACUUGAAGCGCCCCCUCGAGCAAACGGCGCCGAAACGACCGGGCGUUCCUUCGAGCACUUCCUCCGCUUCGACCAGCGCUGCUAAACCACGAAGCCCCAAGCAACCCAGACGACGAUGACCACGAUCAUCCGCUUCGACGCUCCCCUCGCGCGUGCUCAUUCAGCUCCAAUGCCAUCGUUUUGUUGUGGCAGACAGUAUUUUUCUUGACUGCUUGACGAAUAAAGACUUGAUGUGUCGGGCCAGACGGAUUUGCUGACCCGGUCCAGUCACGC